AUAUACCAAGCAUGGCUACAUGGUUGUGAGCGUGCGUCCGUUGUAUGCCUUCAUUCUUUUAACCAAGUUCUCUUCUCUGCAUACUUUAUCCCAAGACUAUUCUAUUCCCAGGGGGUCCGAGAAUAUCUCUAUUAUCCUGCAACCACCCCAGACCUCUUAAACUCCAUACAUCAUUCAAUCUCCUCCAGCAUCUCAACUCGUCAACAAACACCCUCCCCACAAACGAUGGGCCCCUCCAAAAAACACAAACAAAACCUCUCCGCCUCCUCCAACACACCGCUAGCAGGCAACUCCAUCUCCGGCGCCGCAGCAGAACUAUCACGCAUCCAUUCCCUCGCUCAACCCCCCGACAUCCCCACAGCAGCAGACCAAGACCUCAAUCUCUCCGCGCGCCAACAACGUGAUCGAUCGCUUGACAGCCACAGUCAAAACCACCACCAUCACCACCACCGCCACCGCCACGCCGCGCGUCAAGCUCUCUCCUCCCUCCUCCACGAGAGCGGGACAUCCGGCCACUUCGGACUGGGCCUCGGUAUCCACCGCCGGAAUUUCGGACUGGACUUAGACGUCGAUGGAAAGAAAAAUGAAGGCGGUGAGGCUAGCGGAGCAACGCCGGGGACGGAGAUGCUGAAGCAGCUUGUGAGGGAUGUCCCGAGGCAGAUUGCUAGUGAGGUGCCGAAGCAGAUAGGGAGGUAUUUGGAUGGGAGAGGGGAGGUGAGGGAUGAGGUUGCGGUGGGGGUGGGGGUUAAGACGAGGGGGACGGAGGUGGGGGUUAGAGUGGAGGGGGCCAAGGGGUGGUGGAGGGGUGGGAGGGGUGAGUCGGCUUCGCAGGUUGAAGCUGCUCCUCCACCAGCACCGGCUCCCCAACCUGAAGCUGCUCCUCCAGCGGCACCUGCUUCUGAGGCGGCACUGGCUCCUCGGCAGCCGUUGGCAGUCGAUAAAUCGGCGACACUGCAACUAGCCAAGCGAUACAGCUGCCACAUCUGUCGGUUUAUCAACGAAGAAAUUGAAAGAUGCGCUUCCUGUGGACAUCGUCUGUGCAUCGACUGCGAGUGGCUCCUGCCCAUUGCCAAAACGGACGGGGCAGCCCAAGAAUUUGCAAUAUAUGAAGACAGCGACGCUAUGGAGGCUCGGGAUAUGGAGAUGGAGGAUCGGAGGCGGACUGAAAAUAUUUAUACGCCAAGUGAGUUCGAGCAGGAGAACUAUGUGGAUCCAGAUACCCCUGAUUUACCUCCGAACGUAUGGGCUCGACAGGCGGCUUUGGCGAAGGCGCAUUAUACGACGCCGCAGUCGCCGACUGAUGGUUCGCCUUAUUAUACAACUACCCAGUCACCAACUAUCCGUUCGCCUCCGCCAUCUCCUGUGGAUCUAUCACAUCUCAGCGCUAGCGACUACCCAGAGCCUCUACGACUUGCACCUUCUCCUGUUAGACCUCCGGGACCGAGAAGUCGCAGGGUUGUGAGGGAUAAUCCCUUUGUUGUGGCUGAUCAGCUUUCAGCUCAUCAUGGGCGUGUUAUGAGGGUCGAUAGUGAGGCGGGGAUUCGAAGCCGUGAUGGACAGGCUAGUCCGCAGCCAGGUCGAUACUCUGCCAGGGCUAGAGCAUUGGCACGCAGGAUGGAAGAGAGGGAUGAAGACAGGCGCACGUGGCUGGCUAAUAAAAGCCGUGGUGAGCAGCCUAGUCCGCAACCAGGUCGAUAUUCUGCUAGGACUUUGGCUUCCAGAGAAAGGGAGGAAGAUAAGAGGGAUUCUCAGAGACGUAUGUGGCAGACCAAUAGAGUCCCUCUCCCAGGAUUCGGCGCUGAGCGUGAGGGUGCUCGUCGGGCGUCACGGGGUGAGAAGGUGUCUGCUGUUGAAAGGGCGCCUAGACCCAAGAAGUUUGAUCCGGUUAUGUCGGGGACGCUGACGCCUUCGGAGUCUAAGGCUGGCGGUGGCAAUGUUGUGGAGGAGGGCGGGGUUCAUGCUCUUCCUGUUCCUGAUGGGGGCAAAAAUGGGGAUGAGAAAGGAUAUAAGAAACAGGAUGGAUCUGAGGGAUGA